AUGUCGGCCUACAACAUGUACGCCCCAGAGAGCAUUGAAGCCGAGUGGACGAUGAAGCACGAAGCGCCCACAAAGGAACAGAUCAUGGCGCUUCUGGGUGUCGGCGCCGACUUCUUCGGCGACAAGGAUUCGGCUCAGCCGGAUUCCGACCUCGACGAAGUCGAGGAUCCAGUCUCCAUGGAUUCUAAGCUUUAUGAAGACGAAGACCAGGAAGACAUAGACGACGAACUCUAUGAAAGUCAGAUGGAGUCUGACUUCUUUGAAGACGAGAAUCCAGAAUCCCUGGAUUCCGGUUUCACUGAAGAUCAGGACGAAUCUGACUGUUAUAGAGUUCGUCGUCCAAGUAUCAUGGAUUCCGACUUCUAUAGAGAUCAGGAUCCAGAUGACAUGGAUUCCGACUUUUUUGAGGUCGAGAAUCCGGUUGAACCGGAUUCCGAAGACGAUGAAGAUGACGACGAUGACCAAGAAGAGCCGGAGAUCGAACCGGUGAGGCUGCCGUGGGACGAGUACGAAUCCAGCAGAGUCAAGCACGCGGCGAAGAGUCUAGCCAGCCAACUGCGACGGAUGUGCGAAGAAAUGAAGGAACGAGAAGAACGGGAAGAAGAAGAGAAGAAAGAAAAGGAAAGAAGGGACAAGAGGAAGCAAGAUCGCCUUCGACGAAUCCAACAAAAUAAGGUAAGUAAAGCACCGCGGCCAAUGAAGAGAAGUGCCAGUACGAUGGAGGCCCAGAGUACUGUCAAGCCAAGGGAUUCUGAAGGCAACACUGUCACUUCAGAAUCCCUUGCACUUGACAGUAUUCUGAUGCUGCCGCCUGCUGUGCCAGCUCAGAGGCCAACUGUAGGGGAUUUCAGAAGGAUGUUGGAUGAAGUGCGGGAAGAGUUCAGGAUGGUGGCGGAGGAAUUGGAGAAGGAGAAGAUGGGAAAGCAAGCGUUCCACAGGAAGAAAUGGAUCCACCACCAUGAGAUGUGUAUGCACAGGGUGAAUGCGAUUCAAAUAAGGAUGCGGAAGGCUAAUAUUAAUUAA